AUGGAGACCUGCUGGUGUGUGUUCUUCCUUGCAACGUUCACCGUGGCAACCACGGGAGCGGUUUCUUGGAGCGCCAGGGAAGUGGACGCCGCCAUGGAGAUAGCUCGGGAAUCCUUGGAGGCAUACGCGGAGGCCCACUCGGCGCGCGUGCGCCGAGACACAGCUGAGGCUGGCCGUGCGGGCGGCUGCCCAUUCGCCUCACUGCGCCACCAGCACAGCCGGCGAGCGACCGAGGAAGCCGUGGAGCUCGCCCGAGUGGCAGAGCUCUUCGAGGAGACCACCAGGGAGCUGCUGAGGAGCUCCGGGGAAACCUGGAGCGAAGACGUUGUCGAGAGGCUGGCAGCGACGGACAUCAGCUCGACAGCGCUGUCCGGCUUCUGCCCGCUCACGAAUAUCACCUGCAACUCGGCCAGGAGGUACCGCGAAGCCGACGGGAGGUGCAACAACCUUCAAAACCCGGGAUGGGGCUCAGCGAAUUCUUGCAUGAAUCGCUUGCUUCCCCCAGCCUAUCAGGACGGUGUCAGUUCUCCACGUGUGGCAGCCGACGGUAGUCCGUUACCCAACGCUCGCAAGAUCUCGUACACGGUUCACCCGAACGUAAGCAACCCUGCCACCGACAUCACGCACAUGGUGAUGCAGCUGGGACAGUUCAUCGAUCAUGACUUCGCCCUGGCGCCUCUCAUGCCCGAUCCAGGGGAGAUCGUCGACCUCGGAAAUCCCAACAACGUCAUCGAUUGCUGCUCUCCAGGAAGACGCAACGCAUCAAAUUGCUUCUCCUUCGACAUUCCUUCGGACGAUCCCUUCUACGCUCCUUUCAACCAGACUUGCAUGAACCUUCCUCGCUCAGCUCCGUGCACGCGCUGCACGCUGGAGCGUGAUACCGCUGUCACCUGA